AUGUCCGACAAAACAUUCCACCUGACUGGUGAGGACGUCCGUAAGAUGGAGUCGAAGGAGUCGAAAUUCCAUGGUGGCCAGACACCUAAGGACUCGGACACAUCUGCAAUGAAGCAACUCCUCUCUGAACAAGAAUCCAAGCAAGACCAGAUCGAUCGCGUCAAGGCGAGUUUACCUCUACCUGAUCAGCCCGUGGGCGGAGCGAGUGCAGAUCUCCAAUCAGCAGACCAACGCACAGUGAACGUUGGCAGUGGAGGGGUGAACGUGAAACUGGGCACAGGAUCGGCUUCUGGGUUGAGAGAACCGGCGACGGCUGAAAGUAGCGUGAGAACAGAUGGGGACGAGUUUAAGAAGGCGACCGAGCCGCCUCGUCCAGCAGGGCACUAG